UCCCGCCUGCCUCCGGCCUCCAUGGCUGCCUCCUCCCAGGGCCCCGGAGCUGCCUCUUCAUCGUCCUCGGAGACCGGGGACAACGGGGACUACACCGAGAUGGCCUUUGGCGUGGCUGCCACCCCGCCACAGCCCAUCGUGGCUCCCCCAAAGCCAGAAGGUGCCCGUGUGACCAGUCCCACCUCUGGUGUGAAGAGGCUGUCUCUCAUGGACCACGUGUCCGGGGUAGAGGCCUUCCUGCAGGCUAGCCAGCCCCCAGACCCACACCGGGGGGCCAAGGUCAUCCGGGCGGAUCCACAGGGGGGCCGGCGCCGCCACAGUUCGGAGACCUUCUCCUCGACCACCACCGUCACCCCGGUGUCCCCGUCCUUUGCCCACAACCCUAAGCGCCACAACUCAGCCUCUGUGGAAAACGUGUCUCUCAGGAAAAGCAGCGAAGGUGGUGGCAGUGUCCUCGGGGGCCUUGGAGGAGGUGACGAGGCACCCACGUCCCCCCAGCACUCACAGCCAUCGCUCCCGGUGCCCCCACCACCAGCACAGCCUCGGCCCUGGACCCCUGGGCAGCCCGGGGGCUUGACUGGCUGCCCCGGGAGCAGUGGUUCCAUGCGCAGAGACACCUCCGCUGGCUUCCAGAACGGCCUCAACUAUAUCGCCAUCGACGUCAGAGACGAGCCUGGGCUCCCGGCCCCGCCGCCGCUGCACCCCCAUCCGGGAGAGAAGGCCUCCUGGGGCCGGACCCGAAGCCUGGGAGGCCUCAUGAGCGCGGUGGGCAGCGGCAGCACCAGUGGCGUGUGUGGGGGCCCUGGCCCUGGCGCGCUGUCCUCUGCCAGCACGUACGCCAGCAUUGACUUCCUGUCCCACCACUUGAAGGAGGCCACAGUGGUGAAAGAGUGAAGAGCCGCAUGGCGUGGCGACACCGCUCCCAGGGAACGGCACGGAGCGGACGCCCAGCCUGUCUCCAGUCCGAAGCUGCUUACGAUUUCCCUUUGCUCCGAGCGCUUACACACGUGGACACCUCUGUGGACGGUACUGGCCGAGGACCCAGCGAGGCAGGACGCCGCCCUCAUCCCCGUGUGGGACAUUCGUCAUUGUGCUGUUUGUGUUUUCUUUUGUUUUCUAACAAAAUUCGCUGGAGAAGCUACUCUCAAGAAAAUGGGAUGUUUGCACUGGCCGCCUUGGGCUGUGGCCAGCGUCUCGGUUUCUUACGUUCAGUUCACUCUGGCGAAGCAGAACCGUCCGUCAGCAUGCGAGGAGAUCUCCCGACGCCCACUGAGGGUGACACCUGCUGGGUCCCGGCCUACACUCAAGAUGCCACAGUCCUACCUCAGUUCCAGGGACCGCGGGUCACGUGGUCGGGGACGCAGGACCUCCGUGUUCUGCGGAUCGGUGGUCGGCCUUACUGACUGGUCCCGGGAGACAGCUGCUCGGUGGGCUCCGGUCCGGGGACCUGCGACGUUUACUCACACACGGAGCCCAACGUGGGACCGACUGCGCCCAGCGCAAGUGAAGUUUGGGGUUGGACUCCCACGGCGAUGACUAGAUCUUAAUUACUAUACGUAACUGAAGCAACCUGCUUUUGAAAAUCAUCGACUGUAUUGGGUGAUGGGGAAGGGGCGGGAGGGGAUUUGGGAAGGGGAUACAUGUCUCUUUUUACCUUUAACAGACUCGUUCAAUCUUCUCUGUGUAGACGUUCAUGUAGGUACUUCAGAUUGCAGAAGCCUUUUAUCCUAUUCACAAGCUCACUCGUCUCUGCUGUCCUUCAUCUUGGGCUUGCAUUUCUUUAACCAAAAAUUCAUGCAGGCAUGCUAGCAGUUCAAGGGUGGUCUGGGUUUGGCAGAUUAGAUUUGAAAAAUGUCUUACCUUUAAUACGAUGCUGUUAUGUUGGCCACCGACCCUGCCCUGAGGAGGAGAAAGGAAAAAGGCAGUGCGAGAAAGGAGCUGGUAACUGGAGGCGUCCGGCCCCUGCGUUGGUAACGGAAGGAGGAAAGAAGAAAAACCACCUCGCAGCCCGGGUCUCUUGUCAGGAAGGUCCCUGGCCGGGCGACCCUCGGUUUCUGUUUCAGUGUUCUGGAAAUAUCAGUGUUGUGGCGAUUGUCACAGGUGCCAUCUGGACCUGCCGAGCCGGCCCAGCGGAACAUCCUGCCGUCACGCCGCUCCCGCCACGAGACCGGAGGGCGCGACCCCUCCCCUGCGGGGCUGCCCUAGUGCCUGUCUUCUCUCAUACUCCUAUAGAGGUUACAGUUAUUCAGGGGAGCUGUGAGUUGUUGGUUUGUUUUUGUUUUUGUUUGGAGAAAAAAAUAUAUAUAAAUAUAUAGAUAUAUAUCAUUAUAGAAUAAUGCAUUAAUAAAAUGAGGCUUUUCUAGAGGAAGACCAAAAAAUUCAAUGUCUUAAACAUAUACCUAAUGGCAAUGCAAAAGUCUUCCUGCUUCCAUGCUGAACUUUUAGAACCGAGGAUUGUAUUGCAAGACAGAGUUGAAUGUAAAGUGAUCCCCUGGGCACUUCUGCGGUUUUGCUUUCUGAAGUCACUCGUCACAGAAGUGCACCGGCCACCCCAUGCUAGUCUGAAGGUCAGUUCCCACGUAUGGUACGCCUUACGAAGAGGUCUAAAACGUCCUCCAGUUUUUAGUUCAUUUGGGGAAUAGGAGUGGCUGGGUAUUGUAUGCUAUGUGACCCCCACCCCAGGUACAGCGGGGCUGGGUCUGGACCCGCUGACCCUUCGUGUUGAUGCAUAUUUCACUAGGUUCUUAGCUAGAGUAGCCAUGACAAGAUACAAAGGGCCGUGUCAUACUGCAGCUUAGAAGAAGCAGACUGCAAAGUUAAUAAUAUACGAAAUUGUCCUCUAUCCUGUACAUUUCAAAAAAAAAAAAAGGCAUAUGCAAUAUUUACAUUUUUAAUUUAGUUUACAGAAUGGAACCAAAAUGUAUAAAUGUUAUGUUUGCUAAAACUUCAUAAUGUAUAUUGGGUCUUUGUACAUUUUGCCUGACUUACCUUAAAUUUAAACUAUUUUUUGCUAUAUAAACCUUAACCGUUAUUAAGCAGUGUUUUCUUUUGGGUACGUAUUGUUUUCUGGGUAUCGAGAUGUCGAACAUAUUUCUUGCUGUCAAGCUAUGACAAGACACCUGACUCCCCUCGCUCUGUCUUCCACCUUACGCUGUACAUAGGGCCGACGUGGCACUGCGGAGGCGAGGGUCCACUGGACGGGCGUAGUGCGUUGUACUUAGUCUGUAUUGAUCAUGGAUGCCCUCCUUAAUAGCCAUAUGCAAUAAAUAAAAUACAUUAUUUAUGACAUGAA